AUGUCUUUGAAGGCACUUUCUGCAAAAGAUGCAGCAGCUCUUGAUAAGGACCUUAUGGACGUCAACAUCGGCGGAUGGUCCCUUGACCAGCUUAUGGAGCUGGCUGGCCUGUCCGUUUCUCAAGCAGUUUGGAGAAUGCACCCUUUGAGCCAAGGAAAGAAAAUUCUUGUCGUGUGUGGACCCGGGAACAACGGUGGUGAUGGUCUUGUGGCUGCACGACACCUCAAGCACUAUGGCUACGAGCCUACAGUGUACUACCCCAAGGAAGGCAAGAAUGAGCUUUACCAACGUCUCAAAACCCAACUCAACACCCUCGCGAUUCCCUUCACUGAUGAUAUGACCUCGGAGCUAUCCCGAUCCGACCUCUUGAUCGAUGCCAUCUUUGGCUUCUCAUUUGGCGGGCCCCUGCGUGAUCCCUUCGGAUCUAUUAUCACGCAGAUUGAAAAUGCGAAAAUCCCCGUCCUCAGUGUUGACGCCCCUAGUUCAUGGGAUAUCAACUCCGGUCCGCCCUCUUCCGGGCCCGGGGCGAAUUUUAUGCCGCAGGCGUUGAUCAGCCUGACCGCGCCAAAGCCCUGUGUCAAGUUCUUCAAGGGCAGACACUUUGUUGGUGGUCGCUUCUUGACGACCGCAAUUGCACAAAAGUACGGACUGGUAUGUCCUGCCUAUGAAGGUAUUGAUCAAGUAGUGGAGGUCUUCAAGGAUGGUGACGGCGAAUUUCGUUAUGCCCCCAAAGAGGAGUCAAAGUAUUAA